AUGGAAAACAUCGAAAUCAAGAAAGUCCAAGAAUUUAAACAUCUGGGGUCAACAAUGGACAGAGAUGGAGACAUUCACAUAGAAGUUAGCAAGAGACUGCAGUCAGGAUGGAAAGGGUGGAGAAAAGUUUCUAGCAUCCUAUGUGACAGAAAUAUGUCUGCAAAGAUCAAGGGCAAGGUAUACAGGACUUGCGUAAGACCAGCCAUUAUGUACGGCCUAGAAACAAUCCCCCUGACGAAAGCUGCUGAAAGCAAAAUGGAGGUAGCAGAGAUGAGAAUGCUGCUUUUCUCGCUGGGGCUGACGAGGUUAAAUAGGGUCCCAACGCGGAAGUUAGAAAACAGCUGCAAACUAGAAGAUUUGGGGAUAAGCUAA